AUGAAAUCAAAAUAAUUAACUCCCUAAAGAGUAGUGUCUACUAUAAAAUUGAGAAAAGCACUUUAUUAUUAUAAGAAAGACAAAGAAGUAUUAGACCUAAAGAUCAAGUUAAAUGAAAUGUGUGAAUCUACUUUUCUCACUAAUACAGAACUCCAUCACAUAAUCCGUUCAGUUUCUAGAGGGAACUCUCCAGCAUAAUAGAAAUUUCGAAUCCGUACAGAAACAACUACCAUUACUACAGGACCUAAGACACCCUAACAUAAAUUCAAAAAAUUCGAUUUCACCACAACAGCUCAUCUCUAUUUUGCUUGA